UCAAAUCUGUAGUCCCUGUCAUUACGGCAGUGAAUGAAGUUGUGUUGAAAUAAGUGAAGCUACACGGCGCUCCUGCUCUGCAAACAGAGGAAUCGCGAGCAGUGGAUGGACGGAAGGAGCAUGGCUGUCAACAGUGUGGCGCUUUUGGCGCUGCUGCUUCGUAUUGCAACUGUCGCCGGGCAAGGUGAGCGCGAGGUGUUGCCGUGCUACACAUGCACCUACAUCGAGGGCGGGGACGACAGCUGCUACAAGGACCCCGACAACUCCGGCUCGGUGCCAAUCACGGACUGUAAGCGCGGCAAAGGCCAGUGUUGCAUCAUCUCCAGAACUGACGCAACUGACAAGCUUGGCACUCCAAAAUCGUUGUACCGUGGGUGCGUAGAAAACUGCGAUCCCAAGAAGAUAGGCAAGAUGGAGGUGACACCAUCGUUCAGCGACACCAACUACAAGACGUACUGCAAAGAUCCUCGCUGCAACAACGGGCCUGGCAACGUCAAGCCAGGUACGGGCGGCGGUGGGGGGAAAUUCAUCGACGGCAUUGAGGGGAUCAACAGCGCCUUCAGCCACCAUGCCGUGUGGGGCCUCGUCGUCCUGCUGCUGUUCGGCAUUUAUCAGGCGUACAAUUACCACUGAUGAACAGGCGCCUUAUAGAAAUAUGUUCAUAAUCUAAUCUACAAUGAUUUUUAGCGGUAUUAUUAGUCUUCAAUGGAAACCUAAUAAAAGGCCCGUCUAACCUAGCAUUAUAAGCGUAAAUUUGUUCCUAUUAAAAUCUAAUAUGCAAAAUAGAAGCACAUUUUAUUAUAUUUAUGAUAGCCAUAAAUAUUUGUAUGGGGCUAUUCAGCGCAUGAGCCGAACGAAUUUGAUUCUGGAGCAAAGUAAACUAAGAUUUGCUAAAAUUCUGCGGUUGAGAAAAUUUUAGGGAAUUUUUUAACCAAUACUAGCGGUUUCAUUAACUAAUGUAACAAAUUAGAAGGGAAGUAACGACUAGGCUUAGUCACCGGCAGCCAGUAACAAUAUGAUACGGUCGGCAAUCUCACGGACGCUCAAGCAUCACAAAUUACGACUACAUUAAUAUCAAGGUGCUUCAAACGCCCUCAUGAUUGAACUAGUAUAAGGUUGACCCAUCAGAAGCCCAUUUUUU